AUGGUGCGCAUUACGGAACAACUUGUCAGACAACGAGCGGAGCACAACAACUGUGAAAUCUUUUCCUUGGAAGAAAUUUCCUUACACCAGCAGAAUUUGGAGAAACUAGAACAUCUUGACAAAUGGUGCCAAGAUUUAAAAAUCCUCUAUCUUCAGAACAACUUGAUUCCCAAGAUUGAAAAUGUGAGCAAACUGAAGAAGCUGGAGUAUUUAAAUUUGGCUUUGAACAACGUUGAAAGAAUUGAAAAUUUGGAAGGUUGCGAAGACUUACAGAAGCUCGACCUGACGGCUAAUUUCAUAGGCGAAUUGUCCAGCAUUGAGUCCCUGAAGAAGAAUAUACAUCUCAGAGAGCUCUUCUUAGUAGGGAACCCGUGUACUGAUUUUGAAGGUUAUAGACAGUUUGUGGUUGCAACACUUCAUCAACUACAAUGUUUGGACUCUAAAGAAAUAAGGCGUUCCGAGAGGUUACAGGCUUUGCAGGACUACCCCGAGGUCAAGAAACAAAUCAAAGAACAGGAACAGGCCUACCUUCUUCAGAGAGCCCGGGAAAAAGAAGAGGCGGAAAGACAGGCAAGGGGAAAACAGGAGAAGAAGAAGAAGGAACAAAAGGAACACACCCCUGGCUUUCACGGCCAAUGGUAUGCAGGCAUUGAUGCGUCCAGCAUCUACUCCCUAGAAGGGACAGAAAACCACCCAGAGGCUGAAGGAGGAAACCAAUACCAUGAUGUGGUGAUAGGGGAAGAGGAUGACGAAGCAGAAAAAGCUUUUUGGGAGGAGCCCGUGCCCCACACCCCAGAGGCUAGACUCGAAGCUCACAGAUUCCUCGAAGAAAAAAAGAACGCAAAAGAAAACAGAGAACAGAAGAAGAAAGAGAAGUUGCCGAGGACUUUGAUCACUCCAGAAGGAAGAGUUCUGAAUGUGAACGCUCCCAAGCUUUCUUUCUCCUUGAAAGAUGAUGAAGUAAACAACCAAUUCGUUUUGGAUCUUGCCAUUUACAGACAUCUGGACACCUCUCUGCUGGAUGUCGACGUACAGCCUUCCUACGUCCGAGUAACGGUCAAGGGUAAGCCUUUUCAACUGGUCCUCCCUGCAGAAGUGAAGCCAGAUAGCAGCGUUGCCAGAAGAUCUCAGACAACUGGGCAUUUGGUGAUCAGCCUGCCAAAGGCUAAAGAAACAAUUUUGGUUCCCCAAAAAGUGUCCUCUUCAACGAAGCAGUCUGAUUUCAAUCAACUGCCAGCAACUCCUAAAAGGUAACUUCGGAGAGAUGCACCAACGGAGAAGCUGGAGGUGGACCCAAGCAAAUAUUCGUUCCCUGAUGUGACAAACAUUGUCCAGGAAAAAGAGCGGACGGGCCAAGGCCCACUUAGACUCCAGCGGCAAAAAGUUGUGGAUACCAAGAACAUGCCUGAAGUCUUCGAUGAUGACCCAGAGGUCCCACCUCUAAUUUGA